AAUUUCAUUACAGCUCAUUCCGGGCAGCUCCAGUCCUUGAGUCUGUCGCGUUUUUGUUUCUCUACACUGCGCAGAAAUUUACUCGACUCUCGUUCACUCCAAAGUCCACUCCCGCACCGGGAGGCCGUGAGUUGCACGCGUUUUUUCAGUACCUGAUGAUAAAUUGUACUUUGAUAGGUUAUGCUCGUCAGUGCAUGUGCUUGUCAUUGGAGGCUUAUCGCAACAUAGUUAAAAAUGUUGGAAGUCGUGCUGAUGUAGCGGCUUUAUGCAGGGUCUCGAAAGGUUUUCAGUACGCGGCGGAACGUGCACUUUAUAACACGCUAUACAUGCAGGAUGUCGGGACGACGAUGCUCCUCUGUGCCACUCUUUCGGAACAACCGCGCGUCGCGGCAUAUGUGGAUGCUCUCACUUUACAUGCAGGAUCGUCCUCAGAAAAUGGAAGUCAGGAAGAGGGGGAAGAGGAAGAGGAAGUCCCACAUGAAGAAGCGCUUCCACCAGAGUAUUGGACGACCAUCUCUCUCGCAUUCCGAAAGCUUUCACGGCUACGGUACCUCAAUAUUCAUAUCGGUCAUGGUGUUCCAUCAUCAAACACCUGGAUUCUUGACAACUGUCCAUUUCAUCUCCGAAGCUUCCAUUGUGAUCUCGACUGGGACGCACACCUCGUCAAAUUUUUAGAGACCCAAGGGGAUCUCGACGAUCUGUACAUCAUAGACUAUAAUGAUUCUCUCGUGGACGAGCCCGUUGCCCAACCAUCCACCACCUCUCCUCUCUCCGACAACUCGCUCCCGAAAUUAGCCACUCUAGAAUGCACUUUCACCGAGGCUGCUGCGGCCCUGGCGCCUCGACGCCCUCUUAUACGUCUCAAAACGUGUUUCUCACGCUCAGACCCCGACGCGAAAAGAAUCGAAAUGACGAAUUUGUUUACUAAAAUCCAAUUGUCUACAGCACAACUCCGCUCAUUGGAUAUAGCGGAUUCGACAUAUGCCGAGUCGUUCUCUGUGGAGCUUCUCAGCACCAUCGUGAGCACGUCCAUGACAGCGCAUCGUCUUCAAUACUUGGGCACUCUAGCUUUGCCCAUAGCUGGCCGAGAGAGGUUACGAUUUUAUGGGAUGCUCAUGAGGCUUCCGAAGCUUGGCUGUAUCGAGGUGGAGGUGUCUGGGUGGCGACCAGUUCCGUCGACCCUGGCCGCGUUUAGGGCGCUUGCGAGCGAGCUGCGCUUGUACUGCCCGACGGUAGUCAUGGUGGUUUUUGUGCAUGAAUUUGAGAGGACGGUGAUCACGUACAUGGACGGGAUAUACAGAAUAGAUGAGGAAAUCGGUCCCGAGUUGUUGUGGAGGUCGGAACUAUAGGGAUGCACGUUGCACUAUCGAAUGGUCAGACACGACUCUUGUAUCACGUUUAUAUUCAGCUAUAUACCACUAAUUGCUGUAGCUUCCACGAAAUGUACAUAUGUAAUUCGUCCUCGACUUGGGAUGACACCGCUAUACCACAUUGCCCAUUCGCUCUCUUUUCACUACAUAUUUCUUUAUCUACUUUCAUUGCCACGCGUCUGUAUUUUUAUCUUCCCUUCUCAUAGAGUUCAACCUCUGGUAUUUCUCGGCUGUAGACUACCCUAAUAUAGUACAAGUCUUGCUGCACCCACUAUGAAACCGAGAGAUAUGACUACCAGGGACUGAAUGCUUCAAGAAGUUGAUGACACCCCUUUUCCUUCCCGUCUUCGGCCUUGAUCGGGAUCCCGGAAAAUGGACUGAUGAAGCGGUCUACUCAUGUCAAUAGCGAGGAAAGCG